AAACGCAAACGAAUAAUAAUAAUAAUUUGCAGCUUGUGCAAUCCAGCUCAGUAGGAGACUGACUUCACAGCUCUCCAAUACAGCGAACGAAAGUGAAAAUAUUUACGCGGAACUGAAAGUUACAAAAUCAAGGAUUUUUGAUAUGCUAUAAAUGAUAACUACAUAUAUAAAGUAUAAGAAUUAAGCAAUUUGUCUUAACUAAAGAAAAUAUUAAUUUUUAAAGUUUGAAAAUCAGUUAUUAACAAAAUGAAAUUUGACGCGGCCGAAGAAGCUGAAAUUGAUGAAUUGUAUGAGUGGUUUAAACAAAAUCCAAAAUUACCUAAGGAAAUUGAUCGCAUACUUUUGAAACGCUUCUAUAGAUGCAUGUAUGGUGACUUAAAAGCUACCAAAAAGCUCAUACAAAUUAACUACAGUUUGCGGAAUAAACACCCACACAUUUUCCUCGAACGUGACCCAACCGAUGCGGAUAGCAAGCAAACAUUCGACUAUGCAGAUUUGGUGCCACUUCCUGGACUUACGUCAGAGGGCUACAAAGUGAGCUGUUAUCGCAUGGUUGAUAUGGAUCCCGGAAAGGUCAAUCACAACGCCGAUACUAAAGCAUUUUUCAUGGUCUCUGAUUGUCGGUUCAAUAUGUAUGAUGGUGAUGUUUCCAUCGAGGGACAUUUAGAAACAUUUGCCAGCGGUGAAGUGCAAAUAUUCGACAUGAACGGCUACACAUUGAAACAUCUGAGUAAGAUGACCUUCAGCACACUGCGUAUUUACAUGGCGUUCCUACAAGAGGCACUACCCGUGCACCUAAAAGCUAUACAUAUCAUUAACUGUCCAUCCUACUUGGAUAAAGUAGUGAGCAUCUUGAAACCGUUUAUCAGUCGUGAAGUCUUCAAAUUGAUUCAUUUCCAUACCGAAAACUUGGACAGUCUGUAUGAGCAUGUGCCUCGUAGCAUAUUGCCAGAGGAAUAUGGCGGAGAUGGUGGCAAAUUGGCGGAUCUAAAGGCACAACUUCUGACGGAAUUAUCUCGCAAGCGCGAGUAUCUGAUGGACCCAAAUCAUUGGAAGAUCGAUAAAGAGAAGGAAAACGCAGAACGUCGCCGUUGGCCAUUUAAAUCAUAAAUACUCAAGUUCAAGUUAAAACACUUUCCGUUGUGUGCAUAUAUUUUUAACCUUGUAUAGAGAUACUUACGUGGACUACAUAUUUAUACUCUCAUAUACACAUUUCCAUAACAAAUGUCCGAAUAUUCUCCAUGUAGAUACAUACAUACAUAUAUUUAUAUUAUUUUAACUUCAAUGUACAUAUCUGUAUUCGCUUGUAUGUUUAUAUAUAAAAGUAUAAUUUACUUACUUUAUGUACUUAUUACUACUCAAAUAGUAAAUUGUUACUCACAUUAAAAAAUAUUCCAACUAAUUAUAUGAUUUUAUUAUAUCCAUAAAUUUGUCUGAAUUAGUAAUAGCUAGGCGGAAAUGUAUACGUAUAUUACAAAUGUGACAAAAAGAGCAGUCCGUAUAUAUUAUAUAACUCUUCUUAAUAAAAUGUCAUAAAAUUUCGACAUCAUGAUGAA